CUCUACCCCUCUCUCUCUCUCUCAUAUUCUAGGGUUUCUUCUUCGCUGUUUGCUGGUUGUGUUAAGUCCUAAUUUCUCGUCUUUUCCGAUUGUCAUUCGGCGAACUGAAAGGGUGGUAACUGUAAAUGGCGACGACAGCAUCUGCGGGAGCUGGUGGUCCGUCUGUAGUUCCGGCCAACAGAGGUCGGAGAGCGGCUAUGGAAGACGACGAGAAACUGAUAUUUGAGACCUCCAAGGGAGUAGAGCCGAUCAUGAGCUUUGAUGAGAUGGGAAUUAAAGACAAUCUUCUCAGGGGAAUAUACAACUACGGUUUCGAAAAGCCAUCCGCAAUCCAACAGAGGGCUGUCUUGCCUAUUAUACAAGGUCGUGACGUUAUCGCUCAGGCCCAGUCUGGUACUGGAAAGACCUCUAUGAUUGCUCUCACUGUUUGUCAGAUUGUCGACACAUCCUCUACAGAGGUUCAAGCAUUGAUCGUCUCACCUACAAGGGAACUUGCUGCACAGACAGAGAAAGUCAUUUUGGCAAUUGGUAACUUCAUUAGCAUACAGGCUCAUGCAUGUAUUGGUGGAAAAAGUGUCGGUGAGGAUAUAAGAAAACUAGAGCAUGGUGUACAAGUGGUGUCUGGAACUCCAGGAAGGGUAUGUGAUAUGAUAAAGCGAAGAACAUUGCGAACUAGAGCCAUCAAGUUAUUAAUUUUGGAUGAGUCAGACGAAAUGUUGAGUCGUGGUUUUAAGGACCAAAUUUAUGAUGUUUAUCGAUAUCUUCCACCAGAGCUUCAGGUUGUCUUGAUUUCUGCUACUCUUCCUAAUGAAAUACUUGAGAUAACAGGCAAGUUUAUGACAGACCCUGUUAGGAUCCUUGUUAAGCGUGAUGAGUUGACACUUGAAGGCAUCAAGCAAUUCUUUGUUGCAGUCGAAAGGGAGGAAUGGAAGUUUGAUACUCUGUGUGAUCUCUAUGAUACACUUACAAUCACGCAGGCUGUUAUAUUUUGCAACACAAAACGGAAGGUUGAUUGGCUAACAGAAAAAAUGCGUAGCAAUAACUUCACAGUCUCUUCCAUGCAUGGAGACAUGCCCCAGAAGGAGAGAGAUGCAAUUAUGGCAGAGUUUCGAGGUGGAGAAACUCGUGUUCUGAUCACUACAGAUGUCUGGGCUCGUGGACUAGAUGUUCAACAGGUUUCUUUGGUGAUAAACUAUGACCUUCCAAAUAAUCGAGAGCUUUACAUUCAUAGAAUAGGUCGUUCUGGUCGAUUUGGACGCAAGGGUGUUGCAAUAAAUUUUGUCAAGAGUGAUGAUAUAAAGAUACUAAGGGACAUUGAGCAAUAUUACAGCACCCAGAUUGAUGAAAUGCCAAUGAAUGUUGCUGAUUUGAUAUGAAGAUCAUUUUCCGAAGUUGUGUGGGCUUCUGUAUCCAGUAAUGGCGUGAUGCUGCUUGUGUUUUAUUUAUGCUUUUGUUGUUGGUACUUAGAUCUUGAAUUUCUUUUUCUUUUUGUGGUGAGGUGAAUCGAAAAUGAGUGGAGUGAUCUUCUUCUUCUUCUAACAGAAGGGUGCUUUCUAGUUAGCCACGGUGGUUUGUUUACCAAAUUGUGCAUGAUUAUAUGAUGAUACUUAGAUAUAGGGUCGUCGGGUUCUCCUUAGAGUUUGGAAAGGCAGUUUCUAUUCCCUUCUACUAUUGGUUUGUCUCACUUUUGUUAAUUAGGAUAUUUCUUUUUCUCUAUGCUCUAUGAUUGUUUCAAAGUUCCUGUCUAUUUUAUUAAUGGUGAUCAUAAUUGCAAGUGUAUUUAUUUU